CAUUUCAAAUAGUUCUUUAUUUGUGUUGCAAAUCAAGAAUUAAAACGCACUCCAAGCUUUUACCUUGGAUGCCUUGCUCACAACAUCCGGGUACAUUUCUGCCGUCUACUUCUUACUUUGCCCAGUAAACAAUUUGGCGGCGGCAAGCAUGCGUCGCUGGCGUCCAGAGCAAAACAUUUGAAACGUGCCAAUUACCAAUUAGACUUGAUUCGUCCAAUUGUACUUGGUGGAGACACAUCAAGGCACACGGAGAGCUUUAGCCUGGUUCGCUUGUCUCGCUAGCUGGCUAACGUAACGUUAGCAGUCGCCAGUCGCCCUGUGGCUGCCAACAAACCUGGACGCGAUGUCGCUGGUGGACCUGGGCAAGCGUCUUCUGGAGGCGGCGCGUAAAGGCCUGGACGACGAGGUGAGGAACCUGAUGGCCAACGGAGCUCCGUUCACUACCGACUGGCUUGGGACGUCCCCACUGCAUCUGGCCGCCCAGCAUGGCCACUACUCCACUGCUGACGUCCUGUUGCGAGCGGGCGUCAGUCGUGACGCUCGCACCAAAGUGGACCGGACGCCUCUGCACAUGGCCGCCGCCGAGGGGCACACCAUCAUCGUGGAGCUGCUGGUCAGGAGCGGCGCGGACAUCAACGCCAAAGACAUGCUGAAGAUGACGGCGCUGCACUGGGCGGCACAGCACGGCCACCACGGUGUGGUGGAGACGCUAAUCAAGCACGGCGCCGACGUACACGCCCUCAGCAAGUUCGACAAAACGCCCUUCGAUAUCGCCGUCGAUAUCCAGAACACGGAGCUCAUGUUGCUGCUGCAGGAGGGCAUGCAGAACCAAGUGAACAUGAACCAGGUGAGCAUGAACGUGGAGUCCAGCAACACCGGCAACCAGCAGCAAUUCAUCAUCCAGGGCAUCCCGUCAAUACAGGGAGGUGUGGUCAACUUGGCCGACCUGCUCAACAAGGCUGGCACCGGGGAAUCUGAAGAAGCCAUGGCCGCCAAUGCCCUGGACAGCAACAUCCAACAUGCUGCUGUGGUCAACGAGGGUGGCCAGAGGGUCAUUACCAUUGUAACUGACCAACAUGGCAACCUGCAGACCACCGGGGGGAUGUCGCAGCCCUUCUUCGUCACCAUGCAGCAUGGACAGCAAAUGCUAGCGGUGCCCGCCAACACCGUGACGGAGGAGGUGGUGACGGAGGAGUCGCAGGCGCCGCCUUCCAGGAAGCGGAAAUUGGAGGCGGCCAAUAAUCACAACGACACAGGAGAGACGGAGCUGCUGCAGAGGCAGCUGCAGGAGGCCAACAGGAAGGCGCAGGAAUACCGACAGCAGCUGAUGCGGAAGGAGCAGGAGGCCGAGGAGUACCGCAUCAAACUGGAGGCCAUGGCCCAGAGUCAGGCGGCCGGCGCCGCCGCCAACGUCAGCCCCGAGGAGGUGGUGGGCGGCGACGAAGACGAGGAUGCGGCGGGUGUGGGUGUGGUGGAAGAGGAAGGCCAGAUGGUGGUGCUGCAGGAGGGAGGCAUCAUCAUGGAGGGCGACGGGGGCCGCGUCACGCUGGUGGAGACGGGUGGGGAACCUGCUGGGGGGAGGUCCUAACGUAACCCAAACCCCCGAGAUAGACUGAACACGGACCGACGUAACACGGCGCCUCGCCGUCCUUCCAGCAGGGGUCAUUCUUCAUCACACGGGACCGCUUCAUGUUCUCUCCGCCUUCCCGUGGUUACUGGUCACCUCUGUUGGGAAAUGCUUCUGCGCCUGGGCUUCAUUUUCUUUUUGCUAAUUUCCAAUCAGAUUGUGGCUUCUGCGCAAUACUUUGGAGACGCGUAACAAGUACCACACUCAACUGGUCGUGGAAAACGUUUCCCAUCCGAAGUGGUUGACAUUCUUCGUCGUCUUGAUUAAAAUCUCUAAAUAUCACAUCAUCCAAAUCGGGUAAAUACAAAAUUCAGGUAAAUGCAAAACUUGCCCUUGACUCUGAAAUUUUUAAGCCACAACAACUUAUAAGUGAGCGAUUUCUUAAACACUCAUGAAAACAUUUGUAAAGUACACCUUUCAACUUUUUAAGGACAACAAAUAUUUUAGGGAUAAAGGUGCCACACGCGACUCCUGACAAGAUUUCCCCACACGAAUUACCUCCAUCAAUUGUUAUUCAAACCUUUUUUUUGUUGCAUAUUUUUGUGCAAAAUUGGCAACCAGUAAGACAUUGUUGCAGUUUGAUGGGGUUGCUCUUGAUCAGGGAUGUCACUCAUUUUUCAAGAAUAUUGAAUUAUAAUUAUUAUGACUGUGGAAUCUCACAAUCAUGGAAAUUGUCAUGCUUGAUUUGCUUUCGUGGGCCACAAAAAAAUGUGACGGGCCAGAUCUUUGACACAUGUGCUCUUGAUUGUUGGCAGUGAAUGUAUGCAUGGUGAAAAUGGAAUUAAUGAUUCGAUUUUGUUCUCCCCGGUGUGUUAGUUUUCAAAUUUGAAUAAUCGAUCUUGAUAGUUGAAAUGUGCAGCAGAUGCUUCAUCUCAACUUUUAAGUUACCAAGAAAAGAAAAACGGAAGCCAAGGGAGCCGAAAGGAUCCUUUCUGAACUGGACCCGAACAACAUUUAAGUGUGCCAUCCUUUAUUCCUUCCUCAUCUGUCCUGUGAGUCGAGUUUGAUAUAUAUAUUUUUAAAAUAAACUCGGCAACCUUUUUUCAAUGUA